UGUCUUCCUUUAACAAUUGCCAAUGGAUUAAGAAUAACUUGUAAUACAACUACUGAUUUAAAGCGAUGCACUGUAUCAUGUGAUGAUGGUCUUUAUUUUCCGAUUCCACCCUUGCCAUACUAUGAAUGUGGAGUUGCCACUGGUUACAAAUGGAAUCAUCAGACCAAAAAUAAUCCUACUGCAAGGCUUCCCUCAUGCACAGAGAUAGAAAUACCAAAAGCAAUAGGUGUAGACUUCGAAGGACAUUAUACAACUAUGCCGUGUACCCCUGUUAAUAUAAGAUCUCUUAAAGGACAACUUGAAAGUAAACUUUCAAAAGUUGAAUGCUUAAGAGACGGAAUCUGCAAAACUGACGUGCUCCCGAAAUGUAACAGUUCUGCACAGUAUGUGUCAGUGGUUGUAAGUCUAAAAGCACCUGAAAAUUACACGAACUGGGGUAUCAAUGUAACAAAAAUAAACGGAACAACUUCACCACAGAGUUUAGUGGAUUUUGAGCAACGCGCGAUUGAAAUAGAAACAUCGGCAAAUUACGUUAUGAACAACUCUGCGCAUGUUUUUCACGUAGUAAUAGAUGGAACCAAUCAUUCACUUUCUGGAGGGGAACAGAUGCUGAGUCAUGAAUCAACAAUGCAAUGCGUUCCGGGUACAGCUCCUAUAGAAAUGUUCUGUGGUAUGUGCACAUUUUAUGGUAUUAUAGAAAAUAGCUGACGCUAGACGAUGUUA